UUUGCAUUUUAAUGGCAGACUCUAUUACACCCCACAUUCUCUUUUCUUUUAUUCUUGUCUGUUCUGCCUCAAUCCCGAGCUCUACUGACUCCCAAAAGAGCACCCAAGAUGAAAAUGGCCGUAAGUGGAGUCCCCGUGCUAGGAUUUUUCAUCAUAGCUGUGCUGAUGAGCGCUCGGGAAUCAUGGGCUAUCAAAGAAGAACACGUGAUCAUCCAGGCCGAGUUCUAUCUGAAUCCUGACCAAUCAGGCGAGUUUAUGUUUGACUUUGAUGGUGAUGAGAUUUUCCACGUGGAUAUGGCAAAGAAGGAGACGGUCUGGCGGCUUGAAGAAUUUGGACGAUUUGCCAGCUUUGAGGCUCAAGGUGCAUUGGCCAACAUAGCUGUGGACAAAGCCAACCUGGAAAUCAUGACAAAGCGCUCCAAUUCUACUCCGAUCACCAAUGUACCUCCAGAGGUAACUGUGCUCACAGACAGCCCUGUGGAACUAAGAGAGCCCAAUGUCCUCAUCUGUUUCAUCGACAAGUUCACCCCACCAGUGGUCAAUGUCACGUGGCUUCGAAAUGGAAAACCUGUCACCACAGGAGUGUCAGAGACAGUCUUCCUGCCCAGGGAAGACCACCUUUUCCGCAAGUUCCACUAUCUCCCCUUCCUGCCCUCAACUGAGGACGUUUACGACUGCAGGGUGGAGCACUGGGGCUUGGAUGAGCCUCUUCUCAAGCACUGGGAGUUUGAUGCUCCAAGCCCUCUCCCAGAGACUACAGAGAAUGUGGUGUGUGCCCUGGGCCUGAUUGUGGGUCUGGUGGGCAUCAUCACUGGGACCAUCUUCAUCAUCAAGGGUGUGCGCAAAAGCAAUGCAGCAGAACGCAGGGGGCCUCUGUGAGGCACAUGGAG